GAAGAAGAAGAGAGAAGCGGCUUUGAUCGGUCUGCGCAGCGCGUUUCAAGCUGAACACACUUUAUUUCAGUCGCUCACCUAGUACCUGCCGAUCGCGUGAGGAAAAACACGAUACAUUAACACGGUCAAAUCCAACGAUGGAUGAAGAUCUGCGGAUUGUUCUGCUGGGUAAAACUAGAUCAGGGAAGAGUUGGACAGGAAACACUAUACUGGGUAGAGAUGUGUUCAGAGUCAGUAACUAUGCUGGGCCUACAACCAGACACUGUUUACAAGAAAGAACGAGGACUGGAGCAAAUCACAUCUCUGUGAUCGACACACCUGGACUGUUUCACACAGCCAUGAGUGAAAAACACCUGAAGGCUGAGAUCGAGAUGAGUUUGCAGAUGUCUGCUCCUGGUCCUCAUGGGUUUCUGCUGGUCAUCAGACUCGGGAGAUUCACAGAGGAAGAGAAAAACACAGUCAAGUGGAUUCAGAAGAACUUUGGAGAAGAUGUUAAGAGAUUCACCAUGGUGCUGUUCACAGGAGCUGAUCACUUGAACAAACCUUUAGAAGACUUUCUAAAGGAACACCACGAGCUGCAGAAGUUAAUGGCUGAUUUUGAGGGAAGGUAUCAUGCCUUCAGUAACGUGGAGAACAACGAUCAAGAUCAAGUCAGUGAACUGCUGGAGAAAAUCAACAACUCAAUAGUUGAGAUGAAUCAAGGAUACUACACCACUGAGAUGUUCAAGAAGACAUUCAUGAUAACAUUCUUAAAGAUAAUUGGCGUUUUAACAUUAACAUAUGUAUUAUAUAAAAAAAGGGAGAUUCUGGCAGAGAGUGACACAUAUGUAACAGUGCUGUUAAAAUCGGAGUAAUAUUUGUUAUUUUAGAG